AUGCAGCAAGCCACCUGCCACUUCUCCUCUCUGCAACACCUGCGCAUCGAACACAUCCCAUCUCUCAAAACCGUCCCCAUUGCACCCUCUCUGGAAAGCCUUUCUCUCUACGACCUGUCCCUCGUCUCCCCUCUCUCAAUAUCCAACAUCCACACUCUACAGAAACUGCGAAUCCUGACCCUCCACACCCUCCCCCUGCUCUCCCCUCUCCCUCCUUCAAUCACAGCCCUCGCUCACCUCCAGCGCCUUCAUCUCAGCCACAUGCAAAUUUCCAACCUGCCCGAGGAUCUCGGGCAGAUGCAAGGGCUGCGCGUGCUAACCGUAGACUCCGCGCCGAAGCUCUCAACGCUCCUGGCCUCCCUCACCCUCCUCACCUCCCUCACCCUCCUCACCUCCCUCACCCUCCUCACCUCCCUCACCCUCCUCACCUCCCUCACCCUCCUCACCUCCCUCACCCUCCUCACCUCCCUCACCCUCCUCACCUCCCUGCAACACCUCAUGGUCUCCAACUGUGAGACAUUCUCCUCUCUACCAGAACAAGGAAUCGGCAAUCUCGCCUCUCUCCUCUCUCUCACGCUCACCGACCUGCCGCUGCUGCUCAAGCUGCCUGCGGCCGUCUCACACCUGCCUUCGCUGCAUGUCUUGGAUUUGCAGGGGUGCGAAAAUUUCAGAGAGCUGCCCGAGGGGUUGGAGAGUGCGAGGAGUCUGCGGGAGGUUUACCUGGAGAGAUGCAACCAAUUGCAGGAUUUGCCCGAGCUGUUGCUGGCGCAGGCAGGUAGGAUUCAGGUGAAUGCGAGAGAUUCAUGA